GAGAUGCACUCGCAAUCAUCCAAACCGUUGUGUUAUUGGCAGCAGAGGAUCCGAAUCGUGGUAUGUCGCCGACAGCGGCCGCCUUGCUUUUUUGCUGUUCCACACUCCUCGUCGGAAGAGUGCGCGCCGUGGUGAAAUGCUACGGCGAGCUUGGCUGCAUGGACACGGAUGGCGUUUUCCACCACCCCGUCCACCGUCCCCGCAACCUGGUGCCGGUGGAGCGUCACGUGGCGAACACCAGGUUCCUCUUCUAUAACCGACGCAACCGGCCGGGCUUCGUAGAUCUCUGGUGGAACUCGAGCGUGGAAGCGGUUGGUGCGGUGCCUUUCAACAGAUCCCUGGAAACAAAGUUCAUCGUACACGGCUACUUGGACCGAUUGUUCUUCGGUGCCUGGAUGACGGAGAUGAAGGACGCUUACUUGAACAGCGCGGACGUGAACGUCGUCAUUGUCGACUGGAGCCACGCCAACGUGGGCAUCUACGACAGCGCAUGCGCAAACGCGAGGAUAGUAGGCGCCGAGUUGGCGCUCUUCAUCAGGAAACUGAAGGAGGCCUUUGGUGCUGACCCACGAAUGAUGCACAUAAUCGGACACAGCUUGGGUGCGCAUGUGGCUGGUUACGCGGGCGCCAACACCACCAAUCUAGGGAGAAUCACGGGUCUAGAUCCUGCUGAGCCGAACUUUCAGAAGAUGCCUCCUGAAGUGCGCCUGGACCCCUCGGACGCCGAAUUUGUGGACGCCAUUCACACAGACAGCCACCCAUACCUCGCCAAGUUGUGGAGCAGCGAAGGCAUGGGAAUGUGGGACCCCGUCGGCCACGUCGACUUCUACCCAAACGGCGGAGAGUACAUGCCCGGGUGCGACUCGGUCAACCGUGUCUGGAAGAUUUUCACUCACGGCCUCAUCAAAGGCGUCCGCGAUGUCGUCAGCUGCAACCACCAGCGCGCCGUGAAGUACAUGUUGGAGUCUAUCUGGAACCGCGACUGCUUACCACUUGCGUACGAGUGCCCUUCCAUGGUGGCGUACGAAAGGGGGCAGUGUUUCGACUGCGGUGCGGACGGUUCGAGGUGCGCAGCAAUGGGUGAGCAAGCUGUCCAGUGGAAGCGCUUCAAGAAGAGCGAGCCGAAACGAAUGUUCACCGUGACGAACUCUGAGAGCAAGUUCUGUGUGUUCCAGUAUGCAGUUACUCUAAGCACUGGCAAAAAAGUGCAAUAUGCCAACGGAAGGGGCCAUAUUUUCCUGACAGAGGAAGGCACUGGCGCAAGAAUUAGUUUGAACAAAGCUAGGGCACUGGAUUUCAAUCCGCACCAAAACUUUACGUUCUUGGUUACCUCAUCAAUACCGCUAACCGCCGAGAGCAAGCUGCUGAUCGAGUACAGGACGACGCAAGUGCUGCUUAGCUACAACAUCCCUACAGUGCGACUUUCUUUCAGACCGAUGACAUCCCCAUACACAGAGAGCGAAGCUUUGAAGAAUACGUUCCACAAGUGCCAGGCUUCCAGCCCCACGGGAAUCUCCACUCACGUGCCGGUAUCAUUAAAGGAUUGCUAAACGUCA